CCGCUGACAGGCGACCUGGUGCCUCCGAAGUUAUGGAACCGCACUCUCCUAGGAUAGGAGGCCGCCCAGCCAAUAAGGCUGCCAUCCCGCUGACUGCGAGGCUUUCCUUCUUCACUCUCCGGUGAUAACAGUUUGGACAGCUUCCGGCCGGAGACCAUUAGAAAAGACACCCGGAAGGCGGAAGUCUUAGGGCGGAAGUGGCCGAGAGAAAAGGAGAAUGGCGGCCGGAGCCUGGCUUAGGCGCUGGGGCUGGGGCUGGGGUCAGCGGUGCCCAGGGAGGCCUGGGCUUCCUGGCCCCGGCCCAGGCCCCACUGCACUUCUACAUCUUCUUCUGCUGCUGGGGCCGGUGGCUGCGGAUAUAACCGACGGCAACAGCGAGCACCUCAAGCGGGAGCACUCGCUCAUCAAGCCCUACCAAGGGGUCGGCUCCAGUUCCAUGCCGCUCUGGGACUUCCAAGGCAGCACAAUGCUAACGAGCCAGUACGUGCGUCUGACCCCUGACGAGCGCAGCAAAGAGGGCUCUAUUUGGAACCACCAGCCAUGUUUCCUCAAGGACUGGGAGAUGCAUGUCCACUUCAAAGUCCAUGGCGCAGGGAAGAAGAAUCUUCAUGGCGACGGCAUCGCCUUGUGGUACACCCGAGACCGCCUUGUAUCAGGGCCUGUGUUUGGAAGCAAAGACAACUUCCAUGGUUUAGCCAUCUUCCUGGACACGUACCCCAACGAUGAGACCACGGAGCGUGUGUUCCCGUACAUCUUGGCGAUGGUGAACAAUGGCUCUCUGUCAUACGAUCACAGCAAAGAUGGGCGCUGGAGUGAGCUGGCAGGCUGCACGGCGGACUUCCGAAACCGGGACCACGAGACCUUCCUGGCUGUCCGCUAUUCCCGAGGCCGCCUCACGGUGAUGACUGACUUGGAGGACAAGAACGAGUGGAAGAACUGCAUCGACAUCACGGGGGUGCGCCUGCCCACCGGUUACUACUUCGGGGCCUCCGCUGGCACUGGCGACCUGUCUGACAACCACGACAUCAUUUCCAUCAAGUUGUUCCAGCUCAUGGUGGAACGAACGCCUGAGGAGGAGAGCAUCGACUGGACUAAGAUCGAGCCUGGCGUCAACUUCCUCAAGUCCCCCAAAGACAACGUGGAUGACCCCACUGGAAACUUCCGGAGUGGGCCCCUUACCGGGUGGAGGGUGUUUCUGCUGUUGCUGUGCGCGCUCCUGGGUAUCAUCGUCUGUGCGGUGGUGGGCGCCGUGGUGUUUCAGAAGCGACAGGAGCGGAACAAACGUUUCUACUGAGCAGCCAGUCUGGCUGGGAAGGGCCUGACCUUGGGACAGGGCUCUCACGUGAACUUUUUUUCUACUGGGAUUGUAAAACCAACCAACCUUAUUUCUUAACUGUUUUGAAGAAAUAAUUAAAGUAUUUUCAUACAUUUUGCUUCAUGCCCAGCUGAGGCAGCUGGCAGGGCUGGGGUCAGGGCUAGCAUCCACAGCUGGAGGUUCUUGCCCGACCCCAAGGCAUGCUCUUGGGGGCAAGGGAAUGUGUGCUUGGGGCCCAGCUGAGGCCUGCGGGUGCUUGUCAAACACCAGAGGUCCUAAGUGCUCGUGGCUCCUCAGUGCCCACGCAGUGGUUUUGUUCUGAGGCCCCUGGUAGCAAGCAGGGUUCUGGGCCUUCCUGCCUCUAGCUUUUCACACAGGCGGAUUUCAGCAAAGGCUGUAGACAGUUCAGUAGAGCGAGAGUGUGACCAUUUACUAAAUAAGGGCUUUGUUCAUUGCUGGUCGUUUCCAGUCCAUUCUCUGUGGCUACCACAUUGCCAGGCGGGAAACAUGAUUCUCAGGCCAAGCAAAACUCAACGUUUCUCCCAGCAUGCAGUGUUUUGGGGAUGGGGCACUAGAUGCUAGACAGGGACAGUGACAGGAAUUGAGAGAUGACCUGGAAGGAGCUGGGCUCAGCAGUGCUGCCCUCCUGGGGACCAUGAGGGACAAAGCUGGGACGAGUGUGAACACCUCCAGCCUUCGCCACCAAGGUUCCUACCUGCUCCAGGCAUGUCCCCACCACAGAGGCGUGUGUUCCCUUGCUUGACCCACUGCACUGUUCCUCAUCUUCCCACAGUCAAGCAGUCUAGUGCGUCACAAGCAAAAGCUGCCAUCUGCUGCAGGUGGCUUCUACCAUUCACUGUGCUGCUGCGGGUGGUGGCCGAAGCCCGUGGAGAGAGCACAGCUUUCUGAGUUCCAUCUUCGCUUCCACCCAGCAGAGCUACCCACUGAGCCACUGGGAGCCAUCUGUCCUUGGCAGAAACUGCCCAUGCGCUCAUGCCAGCUGCCAGCUUCUUCUCAGGUUUACGAGCCUGUCACGAUGCCUCAGAGGGCUGCCCGUUUACUGUGACACCACGAGGGGGCUGCAGCAGUAGUUGGACUGGGGGUGCAGUGGGGGUGUCUGAGCAGUGUGCUGACAGCGCGGCUGAGGCUGGAGGCCGCUGUGUAAGGCUGCCACAGUCUGGAAGCACCUGCUCUACUCACCGUUAGCUCUUGGUUCUGACUAGGCACUCCCAGCAGUCCUGUGGAUCAGCCACCCCAACAGCACCUGCUGCAGUUGGGAGAUGACUCAACGCCACAGAAAAUUGCUGGUGUGAUGGCACAUGCCUGCCCCACAGUGCUGGAGGCAGACUGCCUCGGGGCUUGCUGGUCCCGGCGGUGACCAUGCCAAAAGAGGCGUGUGGCUGAGGGGCACACCCAAACUGUCCUCUGGCCACACCUCGGGCCUAGAAGGUCUUGGAGGGUGGGGUGGGGUCUGUGAUCCGGACUUGGUGUCGCAGGUCUGUUUACUUCAGGGGCUCGCCAUGUCACUGCAUAGCCUCGCUGCACUUGGGAAAGACUGUUUCUGGGUUCAGAGUCCUCUGUACUUUCAUGCAGGGAUGAUUCCACAAUUGGUUUUUUUGGCAUAUACGCCUAAAAAUUGAGUUACUUCGUCAUGUGACAUUUACAAAGAAAUGUAUGCCCUUGUGUCUGCAGUGCCGUGUGGGGACACAGACCUGCCAGCACGUGUGCACCCCGUUUCCCCUCCAGGGAGAUGAUGGCUGUUCAUUUUCCCUGUAAAUUGUGUUGUUCUGUAAAGCUUGUUCUGUUUUUAAGAAGCCUUUAAGUAGUAUUUGGAUGUACCCCUUAGCGCUCAAGCUCAGCACUGCGGGUGUGCCUCCUGGUCGCACGCUGGCGGCUGUGGCUGAGCUGUCACCCACCCAGGACUGGGAGAGACCCGGGCGUGGCUUCAAGUGCUCCCCACCCGAGAGUGUGGGCCUGCAGCUGCUGUUCCUUCCCAGCCUCGCUGGCUGUCCACCCACCCACUCCUCGGUCCGAAGCAGAGCUGAGCUUGGGUGCGAGCGCUCCGCCAUGGCUCCUCGCAGGCUGUGGGUCUUCGCUUACUGAUCACUUCAUCCUCCGAUGCUUCGUUCUGACCUGUUUCUCGUGCGGAUGGUCAGGAAUUCUUUCAGUCUUCUGCUUCUAAGCUUUGCAGAGGUUUCUUCCCACGCACUAGGCUUCCUGGUUCACUAAUGACGUCAUUUGAUGUAUGAUCUACAUUUAAAUGGCAUUUAUUAAUCUUUUCCAAAGAUGAUUUUCCUGAAGGUUUUUAACUUUUGCCUUUAAAUUUUUGCACUUUGUUGAAGUGGGCUUGGGCAGGAUUGACGUCAUCGUCCUCACCGUCCCUGACGUCGCCACCCGCUGUAGCAGAGCCUUUCUGACUCACUCAUCCUCCAGCGCCAGGACUGGUUCCCAGACACCCGCUCCUGAUGCUCUGCCCUUCUCCGCUCUUCAGCUGGGGUGCUUCCUUCCAGCACGGGAGGUCUCGGGAACCCCGGGGCUCGAGCUGGAGGGGUCUCAUCUUGCCUAGAGUGCGGCAGGACCCCAAGGGCGCAGAAACACGUGACUGACGCUGGAGUGAGCACACACCUGCUAGAUAGGGGUCCUCAAGACCUCAGGCCUGAAGAGUGGCCCCAAGCCUUAGACUGUCAGCUGCUGGGUUUGUGUUUGUGAAAGAAAUAAAUUCCUAUUUGUUCA